CACUUUCCAAUUUCCAUCCAUCCUUAUACACACACUAGCUUCUUUUAGCCUUUUGUUUACUAUUAACUCCCUAAUUAGCUACAUCUAGCCUCUUCUAGCUAGUUUCUCUUUUUAUCUUUUUCUUUUAUUUUUUUGUUCUCACUUUGUUUUAUUUUAAAUUUUAAAUUUUAAAUUUUAAAUUUUAAAUUUUUAUAUUUGGGGCCGGGUGGUACUUUAUGAUAAUCAUAUUCAUAUAUAUACCAAGUACGUCCAAAUAAUAAUAAGUUGAUCAUCAAGAUUGAUCAGAAACAGAAAGAAUAAGAGCAAUCAAUUAUGAGAGGACCUAGCUGCAGGGACCAUAUGAAUAUCAUGGUUAAGGAUCCGAAAGAGAAAAGUAGCAAGUGCAAUACCAAUAAUACUAAUAUGAUUAAGAACAUUCCUCUGAAAAUGAGGAAAGGGUUAUGGUCACCUGAAGAAGACGACAAACUUAUGAAUUACAUGUUGAGGAAUGGGCAAGGUUGUUGGAGUGACAUUGCUAGGAAUGCUGGCCUCCAAAGAUGCGGUAAGAGCUGCCGCCUUCGCUGGAUUAAUUAUCUCCGCCCUGACCUUAAGCGAGGCGCCUUUUCCCCUCAAGAGGAACACCUUAUUCUCCACCUUCAUUCCCUCCUUGGAAACAGGUGGUCUCAGAUAGCAGCUCGUCUUCCAGGCCGAACAGAUAACGAAAUUAAGAAUUUUUGGAAUUCUACCAUUAAGAAAAGAUUGAAACAAAACAACAACAACAACAACAACAAUGCUUCAUCUAUAAUGGAUGAACAUAGCUUGUUAAGCGACACAACGACCGAUUUAGGGGUGCCUGUUCAUUACCAAAACAGCUAUAUAAUGAGUCAACAAGUCAUGCUCUCAUCCUCGGUCAAUAACAAUAACAAUAACAAUGAUAAUAAUAGUGAUCAUCAAAGUGUGAUGAGGAAUCCUUAUAACAUAUGCAUGGAUUCCUCCAUAAUGUCAUCAACUUCUCCAUCAUCUCCUUCCAUGCACACAGCCGGGAGUUGUAUAACUAGUGGGGUUAACCAAUUUGACAACUCUCUCCCUCCCCUCCUCGAAAACAACGGCUAUGAUAUAAGUUUCAGCAUGGCCAAUUUUGGAUACCUACCAGAACAAGUAGAAUUGAUUGGUAUAAGGGAUGCACAUGGUCGUUGUGGAAAUUAUAACGACCAAUUUCAAGUAUUCCAUGAUAAUGAUAAUGAUCAUGAUCAUGAGUUUGUUACACCAGCAGGAAUGUGUGACAAUGAUACUAUGGCCGCUACAACAACGUUAACCACCACAAGUGAUCAUGAUAUGUUGUUCCCUGUAAUUCAUAGGACAAUAAUGCCAAAAAACAGCAACCAAAUCGUUAUAAACGACAGUGAUAGUUGGGGUGAUAUGGUCAAAGUUGAUCAGAAUGGAGGCAUAGCUGCUAAUUAUGGGAAUAAUAGUAACGGAAAAGAAGGAAACUUAAAAAUGGGAGAAUGGGAUAGUUUGGAGAGUUUGUUGGGAGAUGUCUCCUUUCCUUUCCUUGAUUUCCAAGCUUAAUCCUCAUACGUACCUAGCUUCUUCACACUUUCUAUGUCUACAAUUCUACAUACAUAUCGAUCUACUUAAUUAAUUAGUUCCAUUAUCAAAUUUUGCCAAAUUUUAUACCUACCUAGGGCACUCCAUCAAUCUAGCUUAAUCAUCAUCAAGACUCAAGUCUCAAGAGUAUUGCAUGGAUAGAAGAAUGAGUUUAGCCAGGAUAGAAUUGAAUUGUAUACACGCUCUUUUUAUAAUGUUAAUGUACAAAACCAAUAAUGUACUUAAUCAAGGAACUUUUUCUUUUUCUCUCUUCAAUUUUGUAAGGCUCGUUA